GUGGCAACAUGUUCAAAUCGAAUCUUUCGUGCCUCUUCGGCCUUGUCCUCACGACAAGCUCCCUAAUCGCCAACGCCGCGGCGCAAACCCCAACAUUCACAAACCCCGUCCUGUACGAAGACUUCCCCGACAACGACGUCUUCGUCGGCCCCGAUGACGCAUACUACUUCUCAGCCUCCAGCUUUCACUACAGCCCUGGCGCCCCCAUCCUCAAGUCCCACGACCUGGUCAAUUGGGAACUCAUAUCCCAUUCAGUCCCACGCCUUGACUUUGGCUCUGGCUAUGAUCUUGCUCCCGAGACACGCACCUAUCGGGGCGGCAUUUGGGCAUCCACCAUGCGGUAUCGCCAAAGCAAUGGCCUGUGGUACUGGCUCGGCUGCACGAAUUUCUGGAACAAUUGGAUUUACAGUGCGCCAAAUGCCACCGGGCCGUGGACCAGGCUGGCGUACCUAGGUGGCGGGAACUGCUACUAUGACACGGGUAUGCUGAUCGACGAUGACGAUGUCAUGUAUGUCGUGUACGGCAAUCCUAACGUGCGCAUCGCACAACUCGCGUCGGAUGCGAAGAGCGAGGUUAAGUCUACCAGCGUACUGAAUGCUACGGAUGUAGGUGUCGAUGCCAUUGAAGGGAACCGUCUCUACAAGAUCAACGGUACUUACUACAUCCUGAACGACCACCCGGGCGAUACGACCUAUGUCUGGAAAUCGAUGAGUGGGAGUAUCUGGGGUCCGUAUGAGUCGAAGGUUCUGGUCAAGAACGUCAAACCACCUAUUGAAGGAGGCAGCUCGCCGCACCAGGGGAGUCUAGUCAGGACAGGGAACGGGGAUUGGUAUUAUAUGUCGUUUACGUGGGCGUAUCCAGCAGGCCGGUUGCCCGUCCUCGCACCCAUAACUUGGGGCCCUGAUGGCUUCCCUACCUUCGUCAACGGGAGCAAUGGCGGCUGGGGAGCUUCGUACCCUUUACCUCUCCCAGCCAAGCAAACACCGCCUUGGACUGGCACAUACAGAUUCAACUACAGUACACUCCCCCCGCAGUUUGAAUGGAACCACGAUCCGGAUAUUUCCAAGUUCUCUGUGGACAACGGCUUGACACUUUCCACAGCCAGCGUCACAAGCGACCUCUAUCAAGCACGCAACACACUCACGCACCGCACCCACGGCGAAUUCCCCACUGCAACCGUCCAACUCGACAUCAGUGAGCUGGCAGAAGGUGACCGCACAGGCCUCGCAGCCUUUCGCGACCGCAGCGCAUACAUCGGGAUCCACCGCUCCAACGGCACAAACACCAUUAUUGCCGCCUUCAACGCCACCAUCGAUGAGUUCUCGGGCGCCACACUCGACAACGGGACUAUCGUGGCUAGUAUACCAGUACCAUCCGACACAAGGAUAUUGUGGGUCCGCACGAACUUGGAUGCGCGGCCAAAUGGGAGCAAGGCCGCGGAGUUCUUUUACAGCAUGGAUGGGAGGAGGUGGGAGCAGUUGGGGGGUACGUAUGAGCUGUAUACCGGUUGGGCUUUUUUUCUGGGGUACAGGUUUGCCGUGUUUAAUUAUGCGACUGUGGCGCUUGGGGGGCAGAUAAGGAUUAAGGAGUGGACCGUGGCAUAGAUGGAUGUGUGUUUAGGAUUCGUAGACUGGGUUGUUUCGCUGAGCACUACCGCCGCCGUGAUUCGCAUACUCUGAGACCGCGAUUGCGUAGCAGAAACCAGUCGUGAGGAUAGAUAGUGAAACCGCAAG